AUGGGCGGUAAGAGAGGGCGCGCGGCCGAUGGCCAGCAAGAGCGGGUUCGAACUCACCUCUUAUUUUCGAAGCAGACAGAACGGCAACAUCAAAAACGGAAGCGAAGAACACAAAACAAACUUCAUCAAGUAACACAUAAGAAAGACGAGAUGAUACAAACGGCCAACGAGGUGGACCCAGCUCAAUGGACAGGUAAUCAACGUGUUUUACACUUUGGCCCUAUGGCUCAAAGGGAUCCGUACUUUUACUAUUAUCCAAAAGGCUGGGAUGUGCUUUAUCCUGCUCAUUUUGGAUUCUUUCCCUAUCGUACUACGAAAUUCCGAGGCUCGUCAUCAGUCGUAUGCAUAUGUGCUUUCGGAGUGUUUUUGAUUCUAGGAGGAGCUCUUAUGGUAUAUAUGGGCUUUUUUGUAAUGCACGACACGCCGUUCUGGACCUGGGCAGGAGACAGGAGGAAACGCCCGCCGCCCAUCCAAGUAGUUGGGCCGGUGCUUUUUGUCGUUGGAUCUAUCCUCUUACUAGGAGCUGUUCUUUACUCUAUAAUAACAUCUAAUUUUUUCAAAAUGUACCUCCAUCACACCAAGCGCCACGAUGAGCCAUCUAGGGUCACCAAAAUAACCACAACUCAGCAGGUUACACCGCCAGUUUUUGAGAAGCACCCUUAUCAACCGCUUCCUCCUCCAGCUUACCCUGUUUUGGAGAAUAAGUAUGCUCACUCAUCCAUUGUCCGUCCACAUGACGAAAUGAAGUUAUACCCACCAGUGAUUCCUGGCUGUUCAACAUUGUCUUUGCAUCGGAAAUCUCCUAGCAGUAUUUUUGUUGCUAGUCCCUACAACACCCUACGAGCAACAAGCGUAGCACGGUACCAUUACGGUGUUGAAAGACCUGCUGGGGAUCGCAGAAGAACUGGCUCAUCAAUAAGUCGCAAGCCAUCAAUGGAAAGUGGAAGUCAUAAACGAUCGAAAAGUGCUGGCCCUCUGCACAGAAGUUCCUCUACACGUAGUUCUAUUCGAUCGCGUUAUAGAGAGAAUAGCCAAGCGUAA